GUCAGUGACUGCUGUAAUCACUCUUUAAAUGCUUGGCAUUUCAUUUUGGGGUUUUGAAUUGAAUUUCUUCUGAUGCUUAUCUGCCUUCAUGAUGUCAAGACCUCAAAAAACAGAAAGGUAUAGGAAAUCAACCCAAAGCAGCAGCAGUGACAACAAAAAAUAAAGCAGGAACAGAGAGUUUUCUGCCUGGAAACUUUGCAAACUAAAUGAAAGACAAAUUAAUAAAUUCAGACAGGAAAUGAACCCAGGAAGUAAAGUGAAAGGUCAUGUGAAGCUCUGUCAUAGCAGAAAUUUUCUAAAAGAUUGCUUUAUCUAGCUGAGCUUGGCAAAGAGAGGAUAUGAACAAUUAUACAGAUUUCUGUAGUUCCAGCGCGGGAGACUGCCAGCAAUGGGAGAAGUUCAAUGGGCACAAACAAAGAGAAGAGCAAGGAGGUGGAGAAUUUCAGAAAUUGAGAAGGGAUAAGUGGAAGGAGAAAAUGCUGGGCUGGUGCCAAGCGAUAGCUCGUAACCCUCACAGACUUCCAAACAGCACAAGAACACCCGAGGUCUCAGGUGAUGCUUCACAUACUUUGAAUGACAAAUCCCCAGGGCGUUCCACUAGUCGAUCAAGUAAUAUUUCAAAGGCAAGCAGUCCUACAACAGGAACAGCUCCCAGGAGUCAAUCUCGGUUGUCUGUCUGCCCCUCCACUCAGGACAUUUGUAGAUCUACUGCCUUGCAUGAUUUGUCAGAAGAUGAGCUUGAACAUGCAACCCCUGUCAUGGUGCUGGCCCCUACUAAUAGGGAGCCUGGUGGUAAGAAAUUCAUAAAACGAAGGUUUAGGCGGAAAAGAGAGACUGGAGACAAUGGUGAGCACACAGAAAAGCAAGGAAAGGGGAGAAACUGUAAAUUGCAUCCUGAGCCUCCGAGAUCCAGCUGGAAUGCAUCUGAUUCAUCAUCAUCUUCAGAUGAGAGUCAGUGGGCUCAGGCUAGGAGGAGAGCAAGAGAAAAGGCCAGGAUGGCCAGGAGAGGGAGAAGAAACAAUAGAUCAUGCAGUAACCAGGAUGGGUCCUCAAACAAUAAUGCUGUUGAACUUGUCACCUUGGGGACAAUGGGAAAAGAGAAACAAGAGGUGUCUGACCCUGAGAAUCCUACUUUAAAUCGCCGCCGAAGGAUUCCAAGGCUUAAGGAAUCACAGUCUUCAGCAUCAUCUCAGGAAGCAAGGAUUUCCUCAAGAAAAUGUGGGAAAAGCAAAGGGAAAAGCUACCACAGAGACCGGCAGCCUGCACCUUUCCUUAGACACACGAAGGACUCCUUUGCAGAGGCAGGCUCUGGCAGCGAUGCUCUGGCAGCCCCAGAUCAUGGAGCACCUGCUGGGGCAGGGCCCACUGUGCCUCAUGCUGUUCAGAAGCCUCCAGUGUUGUAUGAUGACUGGUCUGAUGAUUUAGAAGUAUGCAGGAUCUGUCACUGUGAGGGAGAUGAUGAAAGCCCCCUCAUCACGCCGUGUCGCUGCACGGGGACGCUGCGCUUUGUUCACCAGGCCUGCCUGCACCAGUGGAUCAAGAGCUCGGACACGCGCUGCUGCGAGCUCUGCAAGUACGACUUCAUCAUGGAGACCAAGCUCAAGCCCCUCCGGAAGUGGGAGAAAUUACAGAUGACAACAAGUGAGAGGAGAAAAAUUGUGUGUUCAGUCACAUUCCAUAUAAUUGCAAUUACCUGUGUUGUUUGGUCAUUGUAUGUUUUAAUUGACAGAACGGCUGAAGAAAUUAAACAAGGCAAUGAUAACGGUGUCCUCGAAUGGCCGUUCUGGACAAAACUCGUUGUGGUGGCCAUUGGAUUCACAGGAGGCCUGGUCUUCAUGUAUGUACAAUGUAAGGUUUACGUCCAGCUGUGGCGCAGGUUGAAAGCCUACAACAGAGUGAUCUUUGUUCAGAACUGCCCAGACACCAUCAAAAAACUGGAGGAGAAAAGCUCUCCGUGCACGCAGCCCUCGGAGGUGAAGGACGCGGUGGUGGUGCCAGUAGCACAGACAGGUACAAACUCUCAGCCGGCGGCGGAAGAGGCGACAUCGGAGGUCAUGCCAGUUUGACACGGACAGCAUUGCUUCUUCCUUGCAGAGUAAGCCGUAGUGUCUGCUACACUACAAAUGCUACAAGAAAGUAGAAAUGACUGUGCAUUUUUUCAGUUAAAGAAGACCCCAACCAAACAACAAGAAAAACACCCCAUACAAAAACCAAAACCAUACAAGGAAAAUGGAUGCAGCAAAGCAACUUGUUACUGUACGGAAUGUGCCCGUUCGUGACGUAGUUUUGCAACUAGUCAGCAAGUGUAGUGAAAGUGGAAGUGUCGAAAGUGCAAUAGAGAACAGGUUUAACAGGCAAUGCCAAACCUAUGUAACAAUGUACUUCUUUUUUUUCCUAACUGGGCUGGCUGGGAAAGUAGAAAACAGAAGUGAUACAAUGAUUUUGUUUACAGAAGACACAAAACCUUUCAUCUGUUUAGUACUAAAAGUUGUAUUUGCUAUUUACCUUUUCAAAGAUACACUUCAAAGGGUACCAAUCCAAAUAAUAUGCAUUAACAGAAUCAAAGUACAGAGAGCUGUAUUGCAGCACUCCCUCUCUAAGCCUCGUAAGGCAACACCUUCAUGUGACUGUAGUGGAGCCUGAAUGUUUGGGCAGCUGUGUCAACUAUGGAUAUUUGAACCAGUUGUUUUUAACUGUGGCUGGAUUUUUGAAAAGUAAGCUGUUCCAACUAGUAUAAACUCGCGUCUCCAUAAGCUGCAGAUAGUUUCUUUUAAAUGUCAGGGAAGUAAGUACAGGAAGGAGAGACUAUGUAGAUAUGCAUUUAGAAGAGCAGCUCCACUGUUUAUUUUACUUCAUAGGAGUGAAUUAGGCAUAAAUUGUAUACACAAAGUAUUGAGGCAAACUUGUAAAUUAAAAAAAACAAAACAGUUUACUGCAGAAUUACAUAGAAGUAAAUUGUCUGUUAUCAAAGGUGUGAAAAAGGAUGACAUACUGAAGAUGGAAGCUACUUUUGGUUUUAUUUUUUAAGAUUCAUGAUACAGAAAGGUAGAUGUAAGAGAACAUACCUACCUACAUAUCUUAAGAAAACAUUAGUUUUUAUCUCCUUCUUCUGAAAAGUUUUUUAUCUUCCUGACUGAAAAAAACAGAUCAAUGGUUUCCUUCUGUACAGGUAAACUUAAGGUGUUAGAGAUUCAACAGUUCAGUUGUUAAUUUUGUGUUUUGAGCACUGGCAUUUAAAAAUGAAGUGUGAAUAGCAUUAAAAGGUGCAAUAGAUAAAUGAAUGUAGAUAUAAUCCUGUGUCCAACAGGGUGAAUUAUGUAUAAGGAACCAAUUUUGUGAUUCACUUUGCAAAACUGUGGUGUUUACUAUAAGGACACAAGAGCAAGUAUUGACUCAGAGUAGCUAUGUACUGGUGUGCACAAGUCUGGGGCCUGAACAUAAUGUGUAUUUUAAAAAGAAGUUGAAAGUUCUUUUUUUAAUCUUGUAUUUAGUAAAGGAGGAAAAGAAAAUAAAGAACCAGAGUAAUGAGGACAGGGGAGUAGAAAUUCACUUACAGGAGGGGUAUCUGCCACAAUUACAGGUGAACUAGAGUUCUACAGAAGCCUUGAAGUUUCUACUGGUAAAUUUUCUCUUUGUACACUCAAAUAUUUACAGCGAAAUAACAGGCUCAUCCCAUUCUUGCAAAUACCCAGGCUUUAGGGCCUAGGAUGUAUUGGAAUUUAGAGACUAGGUAUUCCUUUGUGAAUGUUUACUGGUUUAAGGCUCAGGGAAUACUAGAAGUAGCAGUGUUAGCAAGAAAUGUGUCUUUAAUCAGAUCAUUAUAUUCUUUUUGUAUUGGAAUUGCUCUUGUAAUUUGGCUGUGACUAAGUGAUGGUUAUCUGGCUAGACAGGACACAAAAUCUUGGUGCUUGAAUGGGUCCUUAAUACUUGUUAAUAUUUGCUGUCAGUUACUCCAGGUGAGUUGGAUUAAUGUUGAAGUUUUUUCAUGUAAUGGCACACAGUUUUUAUAUAAAAUAAUUUCCCAACUAUACAACUGUAACUUCCAAUUGUAGCAGCUUCUUAUUUGAAAUGACACACAAGAGAAACCAAAUCAGAGCAUGAUGACAUAACUAAGGAAUAUCUAGCAACUACCCAUGCUUAAGAUAGUCUGCAAUGGUAUGGUUUUCAAAAAGCUACUCGUUAAAAGGUAACUCAUGAUAUCUGACAUCAGACACUUAAAAUUACUAACUGAAUGUUUGGAAGGAUGUUUACAAUAAACCUCGGCAAAAUUUACUGACAAAGAACAUUAUUAUGAAAA